UCUUCCGAGUUUCUCACUUUUAAUGGAUGUUACAACUGGCGUUGAACUUUAAUAUUACUUGUAGAUCUAUGCAUAUGUUUUUUUUAAUGGUUAUACUGUAUGAAGUCUAGCUCAUAGGACUAAGGAAGGUGCUCACUUGACCUCUGAGACCACGACGGGGUAGGCCUUGAUAACACGAGUGAACGUAGGUAGGACUAGUUGUUGAAUAUGGAGCGUUGGGUUGGUCGGGUAGCGCUUGUGACAGGGUCCUCGGUUGGAAUUGGGGCUGGAAUUACACGAGCUCUUGUUAAGCAUGGAAUGAAGGUUGUCGGCUGUGCAAGAAACGUUAAACAAAUCGAGGAAAUUCAAAAUGAGUUGAAAUCCGAAAAAGGCCAGUUGAUUCCAAUGAAAUGUGAUCUUACGAAAGAGGACGAAAUUUUGGCGAUGUUCAGGCGGAUCCAAACGGAAUUAGGAGGCGUAGAUGUCUGCAUUAACAAUGCUGGACUAGCGCAUUGCGCUCCUCUAUUGUCUGGUAACACUGCUGACUGGAGAAAUAUGUUAGAGGUGAAUGUUUUAGGCCUGUGUAUUUGUACCAGAGAAGCUUUCCAACAAAUGAAGAAAAAUGGAGUAGACGAUGGUCAUAUUUUUCUUAUUAAUAGCAUGUCUGGACAUCGUGUGAUUCCUAACACCAAUGGACACUUUUACUCGGCGACAAAAUAUGCAGUGUCUGGGUUAUUGGAGGGAAUCAGGAACGAGCUACGAGAGAUGAAAUCCCACAUCCGUGUUACGUCUGUAAGCCCUGGUUUAGUGGCCACAGAAUUUCAACAAAGAAUGCAUAACAGUGAAGAAAAGGGGAAGGCUAUUUGCAGCUUCUUUAAGUGUUUAGAAGCAGAGGACUUGGCUGACGCAGUUGUCUAUGCACUGAGUGCACCACCACAUGUACAGAUUCAUGAUAUAUUACUGAGGCCCACUGAACAAACAAGCUAACUGCUUCAUAUACACCAAUGGCAAUUUAGUGUAUGGAUGUAAGUUUAUCUUACUGCUAUAUACAAAAAUGUAUACUUAAUAAACAGACAUAUACAUCUU